AGGUGGCGGGGUCCACCACAUAUAAACAAACAGCAUGAAACUGUGUUGUACUUCAAGGUCAGUUUGUGUAUUAUGUUUGUUUUGGCAUUAAAAAAAUCAGUCAGUGAUAUUCUUUCUCUUCAGAUUCAAAUGUCCCCAAACUACGUACUGCACCUUUAAGAACAUAUCGCGAUGGUUUCCUUGUCCAGUUCUUGUGAUCCAAAUAUCCUUUUGGUCCCUGAAGAAAACAGAAGUCCUUCUCUGUAUGGUUCUCUCUCUGGCAGCUGAUACAAACAUAUCUAACGUGUGUUUUAGCUUCUCAUCACCGGCAGCAUGAGAACUUCUCUCAGUCACAAAAAUAAGAUUGUGUGUAAAGAAACAGAAUUUCUACAGAGCGCUCAGUCAGCAGGAAGCAGGAACCGCCUCCCAGGAUUCAUUCAGCUCCACUAAUUGAAACUAAUACCUUUUCAAAUAGCAUAUUGAUUUGGGGGGGAAAGUUGGAUUUUUCACACAUUCACAGUAAGAAAAAAAAAUAAUAAUAAUGAACAACAGAGACUGCGAAGGUGGCGAGAUUAAAAAACAGGAGCUGUUGGAGGCUGGUUGCCUGUGUGGAGUCAGAAGUCAUGAAGAUUACAAGCAAACAUAUGACGGAGUGAGUUCAAAGCUCUCCAUGUUUCCUGGGCUGUUGUGCCGCAGAAGGCCUGAGGCAGCAGCACAGCGGCCUAAUUAGUCAAAAAAAACACAAGUCUCAGUGUCACCAGAAACAGUCACAGGAGAGAACAAACGACACUUCACCUCUGUUCUCCUGCGGCACGCGCUGGAUCGAGGAGUCCGACUGAACCCCCAGAUCCGCUCACACGCCUGCGCACGCGCGUGCACGCAGCUGACAGGUGAAUCCGGUGUUGAUUGAUGCGACCAAACGAUGUUUAAAAAAAAAAAAAAAGAUGUUCCCAAAGCGUGAACACAACACUGUUCUGCAAAAGCACACAUUACUUAAGUGUCCAUCAAGCUCUCCGACUGAAGCAGCAGCUGAUUUUAUUUUCUGUUUUAUUCAGGCGGGGUUUAACUUUUCCAGGUGGACAAAAAUAAUCUGAGUAUAAACUCAAUAAAAGCUCUGCCUUCACAGUUGAGGCGUCGAGGAAUCGUUUCAAACCGAUCGCAGCCUUUAAGGUGUUAUUUUUUUAUUUAUUUUUUUCAUGAGCAACGAGCUCGAGCCGCUCCUGCAGUCACUCUCCGUCGGCGCGUUCGCCUGAUGCGCAGCGCCUCCCCAACUGGUCCCUCACUUUGACAAAUUCCUGGACGUGAGCGGGUCUGCUGAAUGGCUUCUUGCUCGUUAAACAUGAUACCUCGGAUGUUUUAGAAGUUGAACAGCUCUGCCACAUCUUUCCCCCCUUUUUUUAAUUUUAUAUUUUUCCCCUCUCCAGCUCUCAGUGUGGAGGAACACGAUGGGACUGUGGUCAUUUUGGAGUUUUUCUCUUCUGGCUUUCGUGUCGCUGCUGCGCCCCUUUCAACCCAAGUUUGUGGCUCAGGCGGAAAUAAGUUCCCUCGGAGCGACCGACAGAUUUUAUCGCCUGGAGGUAACCCCGCUGGAGGCUGCCGUGACCCGAAAAUCAAAAGUCGACAAUGGCACAAAAGUUUUCAGCGCUUUUGAGACGGAAGAAGCCGGUGCUCUGAAACCGAGCAAUGGCAAGCAUGCACCAGAGAGUGGGCUCUGGGAUCAGGCACCGAUCCGCGUCAAAACGGCACCAAACUACCCAGAAAUACCUGCUGAAAAGUAUAGUGACAUGUUCGAGGACGACCAAAGGCGACGUACAAUGUUUGGCAACAGCUUUCCCGACACAAGGAAGAGGGCGAAAAGGAGCGCGGGCGCAACGCACGCCGAAAACGUGGAUAGGAGUACAAGUGGAGAAGCGCAGUCGGGAGAGAGGCUUGUGGAGACGGUUCAAGGUGUUUCCAACUCCAGAGUCGAGUACCGGCGCGCCGGGGAGGAAGCCAGAGGGUCCAGCCCGAGGCAGAGCGAGCCGCACCUGGACACUUCCACUUUUGCUCUGUCGGGAGACUCGGCACACAACCAGGCGAUGGUGCACUGGUCCGGACACAACAGCAGCGUGAUCCUGAUCCUGACUAAGCUGUACGACGUCAGCCUGGGGGUUGUUACUGAGAGCUCACUCUGGAGAUCCAGCGAUUACGGAAGCACCUACACCAAACUCAACGACAAAGUGGGCUCAAGGACAGUUUUAAGUUACCUGUAUGUGUGUCCUACCAACAAACAGAAGAUAAUGAUGCUUAGCUACCCAGAGGUGCCAGCUGGUAAGGGGGCUGUUCUCAUCAGUUCAGAUGAAGGGGCAAGCUUCGAGAAGCAUCCCAUUAACUUCAACAUCCUGAGCCUGCUCUUCCACCCGGCAAAGGAGAACUGGAUACUGGCUUACAGUGAUGAGAGCAAGCUGUACAGUUCAAUGGACUUCGGGAGGAAAUGGCAGCUCGUUCACGACAACGUGAUGCCAGGCAGAUUCUACUGGGCGGUAAUGGGGCUGGACAGAGAAUCUGAUGUGGUCCACAUUGAGACGCGCAUCGCGAAAGGCCGCGCCCAGUACGUGAAGUGCAGAGCCCCACGAUGCACCGAAGCCGACAGGCAGUACCUCUUUCCCGGACAUGUAGACACCAACUCACUGGUUGUGCAGGAUGAAUAUGUCUUCACACAGGUAACCAAGUCAGGACGAGCCAGCUACUUCGUCUCCUACAUGAGAGAAUCCUUCAGGCAGAUGGAAUUACCCAAAUAUUGUCUCCCAAAGGACAUGCAUAUCAUCAGUACGGAUGAGAAGCAGGUGUUUGCUGCAGUCCAGGAGUGGAAUCAGAACAACACUUACAGCCUUUAUAUCUCAGACUCCCCCGGCGUCUACUUUACCCUCUCAUUAGAGAACCUGAGGACCAGCAGAGGACCUGCUGGUAACCUACUGGUUGACUUCUACAAGGUGGAGGGAAUAAACGGCAUGUACCUCGCCAACAAACUGGUGGACAAUCACAUCAAGAGUUUCAUCACAUACAACAAGGGUCAGACGUGGGCCCUGCUGCCAGCUCCCGCCACCGAUGUGGCUGGAAAUAACCUUCACUGCAUCCUGCCGUUUUGCUCGCUGCAUCUUCAUCUGGAGAUGUCGGAGAAUCCCUACACGUCCGGACCCAUCACCAGCAAAAAGUCUGUGCCUGGCAUCAUCGUGGCAACAGGGAAUAUCGGAACAGAGCUGUCCUCCACCAACCUUGGGAUGUUUAUAACAUCUGAUGCAGGAAAUAGCUGGAGACAGAUUUUUGAUGAAGAGCACAACGUGUGGUUUCUUGACAAUGGAGGCGCCAUGCUGGCCGUCUUACACGCAACAACGCCCAUCCGACACUUACAGAUCAGUCUAGACGAAGGAAAGAAAUGGGACCGUCACAGUUUCUCCUUGGCUCCUCUGUAUGUGGACGGAGUUUUAAUGGAGCCAGAAUCUGACAAUCACAUUAUCACUUUCUUCGGACACUUCAGCCAUCGGUCAGAGUGGCAGCUGAUCAAGAUCAACUACAAGGGCCUCUUUAGCAGGAGAUGCAUGGAUGGAGAUUAUCAGACGUGGCACCUGCACAACAAGGGAGAGCUCUGCGUGAUGGGCGAGAAGCAGAUCUAUAUGAAGCGGCGGCCAGGAAACCGCUGCAUGCUGGCCCAGGACUAUUCAAGGAUCUAUUCGUCAGAGCCGUGUGUUUGCACUGUCUACGAUUUUGAAUGUGAUUACGGUUGGGAACGCCAGGCAGACGGGAAGUGCUCCCCUGCUUUUUGGUUUAAUCCAAAUGGUGCGGCUAAAAGCUGCAGCAGCAGCCAAAGCUUCCUUAACAGCAAAGGGUAUCGGAAGGUUUUGUCCAAUAACUGUAAGGAGGUAGGGAGGAACGUGUACUCGCCCAAGAAGCAGGCGUGCCGUCCAAGACCACCCCGAGGCCUCCGGCUGUCCACCGGUCAUGGAGAGCUCAGUGCUGCUGUCGGAAGCAACGUCACUUUCAUGGUUUACCUCGAUGAUGGAGACUCGCAGAGGACCAGCAUCGCGCUCGACUUCGGGGACGGCAUCAAGAUCACAUAUUCCAACCUGAGCAGGACUGACGACGGCAUCAAGCACAUCUACAGAACGACUGGGAUUUACCGAGUGACAGCUUCGGCUGAAAACGGCCAGGGAUCUGACAGCGUCACACUGUUUUUACACAUCACCAGUCCAGUGGAGCGUAUAUAUCUCUCGGCUCCUAUUGUGGCCGUCCGGGGGAAGGAGGCUAAUCUCAGCGUGGUGGUUUGGCCGAGUCACACCAGAACAUUGACCUUCUUCUGGUGGUUUGACAACAGCUCGGAGCCCAUUAUAACCUUGGAGGGAAGUAUCUCUUACACGUUUCAGAGAGAGGGAAAAAACAAGGUCAUGGUCCAGGUUGCUUCUGGGAGCACCAUAAUGCAGGAUUCAAAAGUUAUAACUGUUAAAGAGUUCUUCAGGUCGCUGCUGCUAUCGUUCUCGCCGGCCCUUGAUGAGCACAAUCCUGACAUCCCCGAGUGGAGGGAGGACAUAGGGCGUGUGGUGCGGACAGCUCUGUCACAGGUGUCUGGGGUUCCUGAGGAGCAGCUGCUGGUGGCUUUGUACCCCGGACUUCCAAGUACAGCCGAGCUCUUCAUCCUUCCUGAUGAGCGCUCAUACAGUGAGCACAAGAGAGGCAGCGAGGAGGCUCUGGAGACGAUAUCAGAUAAUUUUGUCACUUUCCUGAACCAAGGCCUGAUCCAGUUCGAGCUGAAAGCUGAUAUUCGCAUUAUUGUGUACAUGAUUCAGCAAACUUUGGCACCACUUGUGGAUUCAAACUCCAUCCACAGUGGGUCGGCCAUGCUGAUGCUGGUCACUGUGGUGUUUGUUGGCUUAGCGGCAUUCUUCAUCUACAAGUUCAAAAGGAAAAUCCCUUGGAUCCAUGUUCAGACUGAGGACAGCCAUGAGAAGGACCCGGAAGUGAUCAGUACAGUCGGUCAGAACGACAACAUGACUAAGGUCAAACUCAGUGAGUUUCCCUCUCAGAAGGAGCUCAUGGAGAAGGAGCUGGAGGCCAGGAGCAGAGGAGGAAUCGGAAGAAAUAUGGAGAGAAUUGUUACAAGGGAAUUUCCAAACUGUACUAAUGUCUAAAUAACAAGCUCUCUGUUUCUGAGUAAGUACAGAUUGUAGUGUCACAAUUGUGCUGAAAUUGUUUGCUCUGUUGGCAUUGUUUUUUUUUUUGUUGUUGUUUUUUUUAAAGUUAUUUCACGCUGCUGUCAUUGAAAGUCAUGUUUUUUAACUCACAUGGAUAGAGAUAGUAUCUACUUUACAAUACCAGAUGAAGACCAAUCCAGCGAGCCAGACUCCUGGGGCCUCUAGUUUGAGGGUGGUAAAUUGUGGAAAUUGGCCUGUAGGUACAGCAUCAAGCACAAAAUGUCUAAUUAGCAUCAAGCUCUACAUAGACACCAUGGAUCUAUUGCUGAUAUUUCAUGAAUAUUCAGAUGCCAUUGUGCAAAUUUGACUAAUGCCUUACUGGCUGUGAGACGGUGUUGUUCAUAAUUUGGAUGUCAGGAGAGAAAAAAAACACAUUUACAGAAAUAAAAUGCCUCAAAAGAAAAAGUACCUAAGUAACUCAAAGGUCAACACAAGAGGAAGAGUGUGGAGGUGGCUGUCUAAGUUUGAUAAACUUUAACUCCAGCACUGACAGACAGAGGAUUACGUAACGUUACAAUCAGGAUAUUUAGACCCUUAAGGGACAUUAUAAUAAUAUCACACAGGGCUUGAAGUGACAAACUAAUUUAUAAAAAUGUUUUGUAAUCUUACAGUAUGUGUUGAUAAUGUUUCCCUCUUUGUAUGAUGUUUGCUCAUCAAUUGAACCAACAGGCUAUAAAAUUUGUCAAGUGUAACCUUUUCAUUUUAUUUUAUUUAUAAUUUUAUAGUCUUUUCAGUAAAGAAAUCCUCACUGGAUGAAACAACCUGAACAACGUAAUGUAGAGUUGUCUAUUUAAAGGGAUAGUCUGGGUCUUUGGGCGUAUGAUGAGGUGUGGUGGAUUGACCAUAAGUUUUAGGGGUGCUGUAACAACUCUUAAUCAAUCAUCACCAAUCAUUCAAACAAAAAAUAAGAAUGACAAACCGACUACCGACAGCAAGUGGUGUUUGGCAAGCCUCAUUUUAUCAAAGCAGAGACGAAUCCCUGCAUUGAAGCAAAGCAAAGUGCUGCUCUGGACCAGGACAGUAGCAAAAAAGGUAUCUGAGCCACCUGAAAGAAGUCCCAUAUGAAACGUUUAUUCAUUGUGUUCUGUAUUCUGAAUAUUUUCAUGCAUUACUUUGCCAUCAGACAGCCCUUCCCAGCACAAAAUCUUCUCAACCGCAGAGCUUCUGUAUACCUGUGCACUGCAGAUUAACUGUUUGGGUCAGACUUUCAGCGGUUUAUAAAAGGGAAUAUAACUGCAUGAACCAAAGUACACAGAAGAAGAACUUCUGCAGACUGAGCUGGAAAGAGAGGGGAACCUUCUGUGGAAACUACAUUUCUUUACUACAGUUUCAUGAGUCGUUUUAUUUAUUGUAGGUCUUGAGUGCGAUCUUACCAAGUUGUAAACUAGUUAGCGUUAAUUUGGUUUAUAGGGUAGUGGUCUGGACCAGCGCAUGGAGAAUUAUGAAUUAUUUAUUUGAGAGGAUACAGACCUCAAUCUAACCGUCCAUGCAUCCGUCAUUUUAAUUCGUGAGAAAUCUUCAAAUAAGUUGAUUCCAGUCCAGAAAAACUAGAAAAUGCUGGGUUUCUUUCUUUUUGGAUUCUCAGUUUUAGCACAACCUCAGAAUAAACAUCUUGAAAAUCAGCAUGUGUGCAGACCGGGAUUUUAACUUUUUCAACAUUUUGUGUCCCACCACUUCAGUGAGAAAAAUACAAUUCAAAGGGUCGAACAGUUUGGUCCUGCAGAGAUAUCUCCACUAUUUUUUGGCUGCAAUGAAAUUCUGUACAGACAUGUACGGCCCUCAGUGGAGGACACUCGGAGACUUGGAUGAUCCCCUGAAUAUUCCUCUUGUGCCACCACCAGUCUAAAGUUAUCAUGUUUUCAUUGGCUACAUUUGUAUGCACACCAAUUUUCCACCUUUAUUUCAAAUGUGACAACAUUCAGAAUUUGACACAGGUCACAUGAAGAGCAAAUUCCUAAUGUUGUUCCUGUUCCUAAUUAAGCCUCGGGUAUCAACAAGUACUGUAUGGGAGUGUAGGCUGAUUUCCAGGGGUUUUGAUAAACACUGUGUGCACGUUGUGUGGUCAGGCACAAUGAAACACCUGGAGGAUCCACUGUAACUGAGGUUUAUUGUAGAUUUAACAGGAUGAUGGACAAAGGAGACUGGCACCGAUCAUAGCUGGUUAUAUAACAUCAAGACACUGCAAAAACAUUAAAGAACAAAGAACAGGUGACUCCCAUUAUCACUGCCAGCAUGGGAGACCAUGGCCCUGCUGCAGGUGUUGACCGCUUCAGAAAAAAGAGGUUGAUCAAAUAAAAGACUGAGACUGUGUUUGCAUUUAAUUCAUUUGACAUUUAAACAUUUUAGUCGGAGUCCAUUUCAGAAAUUUCGUCUAUUUCGGAAUAUAUUUCCCUAAAAUAUUGCAUGCAUGUAAGCGUAGCCGGUGAAAGUUCUCAUUUACUGGUUGGACUGGAACAUUUGGUUCAGACAUUCGUGUUCUCCAUCAAAAUAAAUCGUAAAAAACUUUUCCUCUAGCGCUAUCAGGUCAAAACUUCAAAGACUUGAAAUACUUCAAAGUUAGUCUUUUAUUGCUUCAUCUCUUUUUAUGUGCCACGUUCAUCCUGUGUUUUUUGCUGUAGAUGUCUGAUGGUUGACAUUAACCAUCAUAGUCAGUGAGGGAUGUUGGGUCUAACUGAAUGGGAUGUAAACCAUCUAACAAGCCAUUACUAUCAGUGGAAUGUGUCAAGAUAAAUAAACUGAAAAGACUAAAACUUGAAAUUAGAUGUUAUUUCCCAAGGACAGUCCCAAAAAAACAGGUAAGACUAGAUUUAAAUCAUAGUUUGACAUUAUUUCACAUAAAAAGUCGAUGUUUUUGUCUUGACUUGACUAUUUGUGGUUAAAAUAAGUCUUCUAGCCUUGAUGUGGAGGUUUUACAGACAAAUGUCUUGUGCUUGGUUAAAAAUAAAUUGCUCAUCAAGAUAAGACAAGUGAACUCUACUUAAGUUAAGUCAAAGGAUCUUCCUUUGAAAGGAUGAAUCCCUCAAACAAAGCCCACUCCAAUAAACCCAAACUAUCCCUUUAUGGCAGAACACAGUUCACAAUUUAGUUAUCAUUUCGUUGUGUUGAAUAAACUGCUUUAACUGUACGCUCUUGAUAAACAUCUGCAUUUCCUGCCCCGUAACUAGAGGUCUUUGAGUUGUAAAUACAUGAAUACAUAUGAAAAUGUAGAAAUCUGACGUGUUGUGGAUGAUUUUAAGGAUGAAAUAUGUGGUUACUCUGUGAGAUAACAUGGUGCUUUCAAUGACUUUUUCUCGGGACGAUGAUGGUACACAAAUGAAAAUGUGAUAUAGGGACACGAGGGUCUGGACUUAGAAAUGGGAAUUACUAGAAACUUGUACAUAGAAUAAGAUGGAAUGUAAAUCUAUACAGUUGCUUCAUCCUACUUUAUUGUAAAGUCGACCCACUGAACAGCAAGUAAUAUGUUUCACAUGAAGCUGUACGUUCUCUUUUUUAUUUAUUUAUUUAUUUAUUUUCUACAGUGGCAUGCCCUAAUUAUCUGUGCUAAAAAACUUACAACUUAUAUUAGGGUGAGCGAGUGCUGUAUGUAUAUAUAUAUAUACAUAUAAAUAUAUAUCAUGGUUGUUUUGAAGUUUACUUGACACAUUAAACAAAUUAUUCAACACCUUGUCUAAUAGUCUAGUUGUGCAAUUGCCAAAAAGUUGUGCAUGAUCUAUGAUAUUGUCCAUUUUUGUCGAGGAUAUAAAAAAAAAAUCGUCUCGUUUUGAAUCAUAUUUCUUACUGUGAACAAAUUGCCAUUUUAAACUUGUUCAAAAUAAAUG